CGAUGGCAACACGGCUGUACAGCUAUACAGCUGCAAAGAGGUUCUAAAAUUGUUCUAUAUCAAAAUAUUGUUGUAAAUGUAGUACAGUAAAUCUACUCCCGGUGUUAAGAAUAUUUUGCUAACAAUGGAAAACGUGAAUUUAACUCGACCGAUCGUGUAUAUAGAUACUCCACCGUCGUCGAUCAACGGAGAUGAGAUCAACGGCAUGGAAGGCGAUGACCUCAUGUACAUGGAGGAAAUGGAGGAGUUUCAAGAAGACCUCAUGAACUUAGAAGAAGUAGACCAAGAGGAAGAAGACGCAGACAUGGAAGUUCCUGAAGAUCAAUCAAUUGUAUUGUUUAACAAACACAAUGGAUCAGUAUUCUGCUGUAAUUUACAUCCUGACGGUAAAUUUGCUGUUACUGGGGGCGAGGAUGAUAAAGCUUUUGUGUGGUCAACGGAAACAGGCCAAAUUAUAACUGAAUGUACUGGUCAUAAAGAUUCUGUUAUAUUUGUUGGAUUCAGUUUUGAUGGGGCAUUUUUAGCCUCCGUGGACAUGAGCGGAUUGAUAAAAGUUUGGAAAUGCAACUUUGAGAGUACACAGGAGUGGCCAGUGGUGUUUGAAUAUGAGGCUGGUGAUUUAAUUUGGGGCCUUUGGCAUUUUGGAACAAGAGUGCUAAUAUGUGGUGGGGCUUCUGGUGAUAUUUUUGUAUUUAAAAUACCUUCUGGAGAUACAAAGAUAUUACCUGGUCAUAAUGUGAAAACAGAAUGUGGCAAGCUCUUCUCCGAUGGUGUUCGUUUAGUAUGUGGUUAUGAAGACGGCACAGUAAAAAUUUGGGAUCUGAAGACAAAUUCUGUGCUUCAGCAAGUGCCACAAAGUGUCCACCAGAUAAGAGUUACAGACGUUGAUACCCACCCUGAAAAUAAUAUUUUGGCAUCUAUAUCUACAGAUGGAAAGGCUGUAUUGACAACAUCUGUCAAUGGUAAAAUUGUCGCCCAAUUGGAAACGGAUAAUGAUUUAGAAGCUGUUGCAUUUUCAAACAAAGAAUUGGGAUAUUUAGCAUUGGGAACAUUAAAUGGUUCAGUUACGAUUUGGGAUGUUGGGAGACAAAUGAUCCGCCAUUAUUGUUCAAAGAAAGAAGAUGGUGUUGCCGCUGCAGUGACAAAAAUAUUUUGGAUAAAUGAUCAACUUGUCACUGGUUGUUUAGAUGGAUCUAUUAGGAUAUAUGACGGAAGGUCUGGAGAAAGAAGUUUAACGCUAACGGGCCACUGGUUGGAAAUAUUUGAUUUAUGUUAUAAUGAAAAACAAAAUAUUUUAUUAUCUACAUCAGAUGAUGGUACAGCAAGAAUAUUUAAAUAUGAAGCAAAAAGUGAAAAAGUCUAAUAAAUAACUUUGUUAUACAAUAAUGUUGAAACAACUUGUUUGUAUGAGGCCUAAGGCUGAAUUUUCUUGUUAAUAAUAAUAAAUAUUUUUUCAUACUGAAAA